CGAAAGUGAGCGUAACCCCUGGAUAUCGAUGAUGGCAUUGUGAAUGUCACAAACGCAGCCAACACCAACCGUUAGACAAUCAUGAUGCUGCUGAAAAUCCUGAUUUUGUUACUUCAAAUAUCUGCCUUAGUGGCAAAUGAACGUGUUCGUUUGGUUCAUGGUCGGACACGAAAUCAAGGCCGUGUAGAGAUACACCACAACGGACGAUGGGGAACUAUUUGUGAUGACGGUUUCGGGAAUGCUGAAGCAAUGGCAGUUUGUAAACUACUUGGCUACAGAUAUGGCACCUCUCUUGAUAAAGCCUUUUUUGGAAGCGGUAACGGAUCUAUAUUUGUGGAUAAUCUGGAUUGUUCUGUUGACCAAUCUUCAAUGCUCUCCAAAGGCCCACAUACAUUGCAACUUGGGGGAAAGCUUUGUCGUUUUAGCGGAUGGGGUGUACAAAAUUGCAGUCAUCAUGACGAUGUUGGAGUCGUGUGUGAAGAUGAACGUGUUCGUUUGGUUCAUGGUCGGACACGAAAUCAAGGCCGUGUAGAGAUACACCACAACGGACGAUGGGGAACUAUUUGUGAUGACGGUUUCGGGAAUGCUGAAGCAAUGACAGUUUGUAAACUACUUGGCUACAGAUAUGGCACCUUUCUUGAUAAAGCCUUUUUUGGAAGCGGUAACGGAUCUAUAUUUGUGGAUAAUCUGAAUUGUUCUGUUGACCAAUCUCCAAUGUUCUCCAAAGGCCCACAUACAUUGCAACUUGGGGGAAAGCUUUGUCGUUUUAGCGGAUGGGGUGUAAAAAAUUGCAGUCAUCAUGACGAUGUUGGAGUCGUUUGUGAAGUGUGUGAAUCCUGCCAAUCGCGGUGUCACUGUAAGUCCUCUGGUUGUGACUGGCAAACUCGUGUCUGUAAAAAUCAGGAAAGAGGAUGUUUGGAUGGAUGGAGAGGAAGGAGAUGUGACCAAGUGUGUGGACAAGGAACAUUCGGCCAGUCCUGCUCCUCGAGUUGUCACUGUAGAAAUUCGGGUUGUAACGCUGUGACCGGCGUUUGUACACACCAGAGAAAUGGCUGUUUGGAAGGAUGGAAAGGAGUUAGGUGUAAUCAAGCAUGUAGCGAAGGCAAAUUCGGCAAUUCAUGUAGCCAACAUAGUCACUGUAAGGUACCCGGAUGUCACAGUAUAACUGGCAUGUGUAAAAGUGGAGGCUGUUUACCGGGAUGGAGGGGGACAUCUUGCUCACAGGUAUGUGCACCAGGAGCAUUUGGCCAGUCCUGCUCCUCCAGAUGUCAAUGUAGAGCCACAGGGUGCGAUCCAGUAACAGGCGUAUGUACAACCCAAGGAAGGGGGUGUUUAGAAGGAUGGACCGGAGUUAGAUGUGAUCAAGCAUGUAGCGAAGGCAAAUUCGGCAAUUCAUGUAGCCAACAUUGUCACUGUAAGGUGCCCGGAUGUGUCAGUACAACUGGCAUCUGUAAAAGUGGAGGCUGUUUACCGGGAUGGACUGGGACAUCUUGCUCACAGGUAUGUGCACCAGGAAGAUUUGGCCAGUCCUGCUCCUCCAGAUGUCACUGUAGAGCCACAGGGUGCGAUCCAGUAACAGGCGUAUGUACAACCCAAGGAAGGGGGUGUUUAGAAGGAUGGACAGGAGUAAGAUGUGAUCAAGCAUGUAGCGAAGGCAAAUUCGGCAAUUCAUGUAGCCAACAUUGUCACUGUAAGGUGCCCGGAUGUGUCAGUACAACUGGCAUCUGUAAAAGUGGAGGCUGUUUACCGGGAUGGACUGGGACAUCUUGCUCACAGGUAUGUGGAUCAGGAACAUUCGACCAGUCCUAUAUUGUGUACAUCUCAAUCUCAAAAAUGCUUAUCCUUGUAUUUGUAUCUUUCUACAUAGCAUGUAGCGAAGGCAAAUUCGGCAAUUCAUGUAGCCAACAUUGUCACUGUAAGGUGCCCGGAUGUGUCAGUACAACUGGCAUCUGUAAAAGUGGAGGCUGUUUACCGGGAUGGACUGGGACAUCUUGCUCACAGGUAUGUGGAUCAGGAACAUUCGGCCAGUCCUGCUCUUCAAGAUGUCACUGCAGAUCGUCAGAAUGCGACCCAGUAACUGGCGUCUGUACAAAUCAAGGAAGACAGUGUGUUGACGGAUGGACAGGGAUUAGAUGUGAUCAAGUAUGUGCACCAGGAGCAUUUGGCCAGUCCUGCUCCUCCAGAUGUCACUGUAGAGUCACAGGGUGCGAUCCAGUAACAGGCGUAUGUACAACCCAUGGAAGGGGGUGUUUAGAAGGAUGGACAGGAGUAAGAUGUGAUCAAGAGUGUGAAUAUGGAACAUUUGGUCGGUCAUGCUCCUCGAGAUGUCAUUGUAAGUCCUCAGGUUGUGACACAGUAACUGGAGUCUGUACAAAUCAAGCAGGCGACUGUGAGGAUGGUUGGACAGGGCUUAGGUGUGAUCAAAAUAGUCUUAAAGAGAAGAAGGAGGAGGGGGAGGAGGAGGAAAGCAACAGCACUGGAUACCAAGCCGCCGUAUCCGUUCUUUCUUUUCUGCUGGUUGCGUGUCCCAUGCUCGUAUAUAGCGUCAAAAAAUUCAGAAUAAGCAAACAAAACAAUCUAUCAACAUAUGAUAACACCGAAAGCUCGUUAUAGUAAACGAACUCGAAAUAGUUCGGGAUACGACUUGCCGGAGGUCAGAGCGUAAAACUUCUCCACCCUUGUAGAAGACCAUCAAAAUAAAGUUUUUCCAAACCUGAUUAACUGUUCAUAAUCUUAGAUCAUAGGUCAUACUAACAACAUUUCUGUAUGUAAGUUGUGAACCAAAGACAUUUUAAUUUUGAAAAUUAGAAUGAAAGGUUCAAGUAAAGGUAUGCUAUUACUUCACUAUAUUAACUUUACUUACAAAAGUAACUUUCCUGUUAAAUUUGUUAUUCCCAGACAGAUAUAGAGCAUAUUCACUGCCAAACUUUUGUUGCUCAAGACUACUACAUGCUGGCGACAAACAUGAGAUUAAACAGAUAUACAGAAUUUCAAGACAAUAGGCAGACAGUGAUAUUUUCAAUACUGUUAUAUCAGUCCGAGAAAGACAGCAUUAAACGACAAUUCGUUCAGGUUUAUUUGUGUCGUCACACCAUUUCAUAAAUGAGUAACAUGUGUAUCUUUUAUGACAAUGAAUCUGUUAUUUGUGUGCUCAAAAUAUAUCUCCUGAAUGUACAAGUAACAUUCACAGGGUAUGACUGUGUUGUAUAACACAUGGUGAAAUGAAAUUCCGUACGAGUAAUUAGUAUUUAGAUAAGUCAACCAAUUGGCUAAUUUACACAGUAAUUACAACAAUAGAAAUAAGUAAUGAUGAUUCUUUGUGGUUUUCACAAAGAUGAUAAAAUGUCAUCUGUAAUAAGAGUCUCAUUGUCUAUAUUUGUAUGGCGUUUUGACUUAGAUAAGAUUAAUAAAGA